UUGUUCAGCACCCAAAGUCGAAGGAUAGCUCUGGCCUUUCAAUGGAAGAAAGUACGAGAUUUGCCAGUGUUGUGUAAUUUAACCAAUUCUCUGUGUCCAUAUUUGUUUAGGAACGAACGUAAUUGUCUUCAUUUAAUGUGAGAUACAUAACUGGCUUCAAACAUGCGUAAAAAUCAACGCUGUCCAAGCAGGGAACCACCGAGAAAGGAAUUAUCGCCGCUCAUCUGAGGCCAAUCUCGAUUAUUUUUGUCAAAUAAGGAAACAUAACAUAGCUAUCCGGCUAACGUUAGCUCCGUAUAUAGCUAGGUUACCGACAUAUCUUCCCACCAAAACAGAAGCCAGCAGAUCAUCAAGAUUGGAUCUACAUUCGCACAGCAGCAGGAAAACCUAUAGGCAGCAAUGGGUGCAUUCCUGGAUAAGCCGAAGACGGAAAAACAUAGUGCCCACGGUGAGGGCAAUGGGCUGCGAUACGGCCUGAGCUCCAUGCAGGGCUGGCGGGUGGAGAUGGAGGAUGCCCACACAGCUGUUGUGGGUCUCCCCCAUGGGCUCACCGACUGGUCCUUCUUCGCUGUUUAUGAUGGCCAUGCGGGCUCCCGGGUGGCCAACUACUGCUCCGGCCACCUGCUGGAGCACAUCUUGUCAGGAAGUGGCGACUUCGGUUCAGGACAGGGCUCUGUGGAGGGCGUGAAGGACGGCAUCCGCUCUGGCUUCCUGAACAUUGAUGAGUACAUGCGCAGCUUCACCGACCUGCGGCAGGGCCUGGACCGCAGUGGAUCAACGGCCGUGUGUGUGUUGUUCAGCCCGACUCACCUCUACUUCAUUAACUGCGGCGACUCUCGAGCCGUGCUGAGUCGAGACAGCAAGGUGGGUUUCUCCACCCAGGACCACAAGCCCUGCAACCCCCUUGAAAAGGAGCGGAUCCAGAAUGCUGGUGGCUCAGUCAUGAUCCAGAGGGUAAAUGGCUCCCUGGCUGUGUCUCGGGCCCUGGGGGACUACGACUACAAAUGUGUGGAUGGUAAGGGCCCCACGGAGCAGCUGGUCAGCCCAGAGCCUGAGGUGUGUGUGUUGGAACGAACUGUUGAAGGAGACGAGUUCAUAGUGCUGGCAUGUGAUGGGAUCUGGGACGUCAUGUCCAACGAGGAGCUGUGUGAGUUUGUCCGCUCACGACUUCUGGUGUGUGAUGACUUGGAGAAGGUGUGCAACUCAGUGGUGGACACCUGUCUGCAUAAGGGGAGCAGGGACAACAUGAGUGUGGUGCUGGUGUGUUUACCAGGAGCUCCCAAGAUCUCAGAGGAGGCUGUGAAGAAGGAAGAAGAUUUGGAUAAAUACUUGGAGUCUCGCGUUGAGGAGUUACUAGGAAACUGUGGGGAGGCUGGAGUCCCUGACCUGGUAUCAGUCCUGAGGAGCAUUGCCACAGAGAACAUCCCCAAUCUUCCACCUGGUGGCGGCUUGGCCAGCAAACGCAGUGUGAUCGAGGCAGUAUACAACAAGCUGAACCCUCACAGAGAAGAGGAAGGCAGUGCUGGUGAGCUGGAGGACCCCUGGUAGUCAUGGCAAUACUCACCCCCAUCUCCUCCCGGUGACCAGUGCAUCCGCCCAGAGGAGGAGUGUCUCUCCAUUGCGCCAUGUCUUUCUCCACUCAAAAGAGGACAUGUGGUUUGUCUUGGAGUGUGUGAGUGUGUAUGAUGGCUGUGUGUAUGCGUGAGUGUGUGUGUGUGUUCGCAGAAACGGGACAAAAGAUGACAGACGACGACAACACGUGCGUGUACUGCUUUAAACCUGGAGGAAAAACAAAAUCAUUUUUCAGACAUGUUGAGAUUUUAUGAACUGAAGCAUUUGUGAUGGUAGAAGUGAUUUUUACCAUUGAGGUGUUUUUUCUUUUCUUUUCUUUUCUUGAAUGUUGUCUUUUUCUUGAAUGUUGACGAUGAACACCUGACCACGAGGACCUAUAGUGUAUGUGUGUGUGUUUGUGUGAGAGAUGAGCUUGUGUUUCGAGGAGGGCCACGAGAAGACAACAUGGAGGAUAAAGACUUCUCCUGGACAUUCUUUAGUGCUCCUGUGUCUGAUAAUUGCCUACCACCUUUGCUUCUCCCCUCCUACAAGACACACACAUGCACACACACAAACUCAAACACACACACCAAAAACAUUAACAUCUCCACCAACUUCCACUUCCUCUUGUGCACAUAUGUGCCACCAUUGCAGGUCACUGCAUGAGAACGUUGGUUCUACAUGUACAGCUACAUGAUUUUUUUCCUGUCAACCCUGGUGGACAGUGAUUGGUUGAGGCUGAUUAAACCCGAAAGGACCUCUGGGCUCUGAUUGGCUCCUGCCAUGUGAGAAGUUAUGUGGAAAUUCGUUUUUGUUUUUUUUCUUUUGUUCUUGUUUUUGCUGAUAACUAUUAGGAUGAUGACGAUGAUAAUCAUAAUGGGGGGAAAUAAAUGGGAGGUUAUUUGGUUUACUCAAGAGCUGAGGGCGAGUUGGACUCAUGGUGGUGGAGCGGGGGUGGAGGCUGUUGUAUCGCUGGUUGGACUUCCUGUAGUAGCAGGGUUUCAACAGCAGGAGGGUGGAUACUUCUCCACCUUCCUCCUUACCAUUUCAUAUGGAGGUACACACACAACGGCGAACUGUCCUGACAAGAGGGAAUUUUUUUUUUUUUUUAAUGUUGUCCAUAAGGUUACUAGCUGCUCGCUGUGUAGAGUGAGUGAACUCCCUGUUUUAACCCUGUUCCUGGUUCUCAGACUGCAUUGAUAAUGUUUGUAUUGCUGUUGUUUGAUUGCACUCACAUUUGAUUACAGAAAGCGUCUAUAUAUGAAAUAAAAUACCUGCCAAGGA